GUGUUGCUUCUGCUGGCGGCGGCGUCCGUGCGCGCCGACGCGGAGCCCGAGGCGGACGCGCGCCCGGACCCCUUCUUCUACGUGUCCAGCGCCUGGGCGGCCGACCAGUUCGGGCCCCCCACGGACACCCGGGGCAACGAAAACACAGCUGGCGCCUCCAGCUUCGGUUUUCUUCCCGCCCUGGCCCCCCGACCGGCUUUCCUCGCCAUCGGGGACGUCCGCGCUGCGCCUUCGUCGGUCGUGGCACUCAGGAAGCCAGCGCAGGUCCUGAGGCAGCCUCUGCUCUUCUUCACGCCGCCCUUCUUCUUCCACGCCAUCCACAUCCGCGUGCCCGACCCCACCCGCGGCGACGCCAGGCCCGUGCCCGUGGCGGCGCCCUUCGUGACCUUCGCCACGCAGCACACGGUGCAAGAGGCGGCACGCCCUGAGGACCCGUCGCCGGCAGUCCACGCGGCCGCCCCCACGGCGGCGGUGGCCCCCGGCCCGUCCUUCGCCAGCCAGCACACCGCGCAGGUGUCGACGGCCGCCUCCGGGGAGGAGGACGACGAGCCCACGCCCCCGAACUACGUCCUCCUGGCGCACUUCCCGACGCAGCUGCCCAGCAUCAUGAGCUUCCGCGGCGUCGGGGACGAGCCGGUCGCCCCCGCAGGCAUCGCGCAGUCGCUGCAGCCGACCUUCUUCCCCACCAGCUUCAGGAACGACUUCGCCCACCCGACUCUCCACGACAAGACCCCCUCGACCGACGGCACCGUCAUAGAGGCCUAGCUUCGCGUGUGUAGAGUGUGUGCGUGUGGGAAUGUGCCAAGGCAAGUGUCCAGGUCUCCCUUUCGCCUCGCGGCCGCCCCCGGGCCGCUCCGGGCGAGAGGCGAGCGGAAAGCGAAACCUGGAGUGUAAAUACGACUGACUGAGCAUGGCGACCCGAAAGCAAAUUAGCAUUAGAACCAGACAAGAAAACUAAGCAAAGAAAACCAAAAAA